AUGUGCCUCCAGGCUGAAGGAGAACACACCUCAACAGAAUGUGCCAAAGCCAGCGUGGCGGACAUGGUCUUUCUGGUGGACGGAUCCUCCAGCAUCGGCAUCAGUAACUUCACGGAGGUGCGACAGUUUCUCCGAAGUGUCGUCACAGGACUCGACAUCGGACCCGACAAGGUUCGUAUCGGCCUGGCUCAGUACAGCGAUGAAACCUACCAGGAGUUCCUGCUGAAGGAUCACAUGGACAAGACAUCCCUGCUGGAGGCGGUGGACACAUUUCCCUACCGAACAGGAGGCACAGAAACAGGCAAGGCCAUCGACUUCCUCCGGACGCAGUAUUUCACGAAGGAAGCAGGGAGCAGAGCCGGCCAAAGAGUGCCUCAGAUCGCUGUGGUUAUCACGGAUGGAGACUCCACGGACGAUGUGAUCGCACCCGCCCAGCGCCUGAGGCAACAGGGAGUCAUCGUGUUUGGCAUCGGGGUGGGAGCAGCCAACCUGCAGGAGCUCGAGUCCAUCGCCAACCGGCCUCCAGAGCGCUUCCUGUCCUCCAUCAGUAACUACGCGGCUCUGAAGACGCUGAAAGACAGUCUGCUGAAAACUGUGUGCAUCUCAGUGGAGGAUCAGAAGCAAGCCUUGGCAGAACGUUUUGCAGACAUCUUCUUCCUGGUGGACAGUGGCGUGACUGCAGCAGAGUUUCAGCAGAUCAGGACCAUCCUUACCCGACUCGCCAAUCAGCUUAACAUCGGAGCGUCCGCCUACCGCCUGGGCUGGGCUCAGUACGGUCAAGACGUCAAGGAUGAACAUCUUCUUAAUGCCCACCAAACCAAAAUCGAGACGCUCAAUGAUGUGAAGCGUUUCCGCCAGCGUAAACUGCAACCCAACGAGCCUCGUAAUCUGGGCAAAGCUCUGAUGUACGCCAGCACCAACCUCUUCACGAGUAAUGCGGGAAGCCGUGCGGAACAAGGCUACCGACAGUUCCUGGUGGUUAUAAGUGGGAAAGACUCUGAUGAUCCCGUGUAUAGGGAGUCCCGCCUGAUCAAAUCUUCUGGAAUAACCGUGGUUGGGUUGAGCCUCGGUGCAUCAAUGCAGGAAAUGAGAAUCGUUGCCACUCCACCGUACAUAUACCAGUCCAUCACCAACAUUGUACCCAUAAUGAGGGCUGCUUUUGAAACAGAGGAAGCGGAGACUGUUCUUACUGGAGAUUGCAAAGCAGCCAAACUGGCCGACAUUGUGUUCAUCGUUGAUGAGUCUGGAAGUAUAGGACCCCUCAACUUCCAGCUCGUGCGCAGUUUCCUGCACUCGAUUGUGAACGGCCUGGAAGUCAGUCCAUCCAGAGUGCGAGUCGGCAUCGUGAUGUACAACACAACGGCCACCGCACAGGUCUACCUCAACACCUUCAACAACAAGGACGAAUUGCUGAAGUACAUCAAGAUCCUGCCCUAUCAAGGAGGCGGCACGAACACUGGAGAGGCCCUGAAGUUCGCCCUGGAGAAGGUCUUCAUCAAGCAAAAAGGAAGCAGGAAGGGUUCUGGUGUCCAGCAGGUGGCGGUGGUGAUCACAGACGGUGAAUCGCAGGACGACGUAAGCACGCCGGCGGCUGGCCUUCGUCGGGCCGGUGUCACUGUUUACGCAGUAGGAGUCAAAGAUGCCAACCAUGCCCAACUGGUGGAGAUGGCGUCUUAUCCUCCGAAAAAGCACAAGUUCAUCGUGGACAGUUUUGCCAAGCUGAAAUCUCUGGAGCAGAGCCUGCAGAAAAGUCUGUGCCAAAACAUCCUCCGGUCAGCAAUAUCUGUCAGAGGAAAUGCCAUCAAAGAAGGCUGCGUGCAAAAGGAUGAAGCAGACAUCUUCUUCCUCAUCGAUCAAUCAGGAAGCAUUUACCCCAACGACUUCAAGGACAUGAAGAAGUUCAUGAUUGAGUUUCUAAAUACCUUCCGCAUUGGGCCACAACAUGUCCGCAUAGGGGUUGUGAAAUACGCAGAUUCCCCAGAUUUAGAGUUUGAUCUGACAGCACACUCAGAUGUGAAGAGUUUGGAGAAUGCCGUAAAGGCAAUUAGACAAAUAGGAGGCGGGACAGAAACAGGAAGAGCACUGACUUCCAUGGUCCCACACUAUGAUCGAGCGCUGGUCACGCGUGGUCACGAAGUCCCAAAGUACCUGGUGGUGAUCACUGAUGGAAAGUCCGUUGAUGAGGUGAAGGUUCCUGCAGAACAGGUGAGGGUGCAGGGAGUCACUGUAUACGCCAUCGGGGUGAAAAGUGCAGAUCCAGUCGAGCUGCAAGAGAUCGCCGGCGACCCCAAGAGGACUUUCUUUGUCAAUCAUUUUGAUGCUCUGACGCCGAUCAAGGACGACAUUGUCACCGACAUCUGUUCUCCAGAGGCCUGCAGAGACAUACAGGGCGACAUCUUUUUCCUCACUGACACCUCCGAGAGCAUCGAUGAGGAAGAGUUUCAGAAAAUUAAAGACUUCAUGAAAUCUGUCAUCAGUAAGUCAACCAUCGGGGAGAACAAAGUGCACGUCGGUGUCAUGCAGUUCAGUACCAGCUACAAUCUGGAGUUUCCCCUCAACCAAUACUACAGCAAAGUUGACAUUUCGAGAGCCAUUGAUGAUAUGAAGCAGAUGAAUGAAGGUACGAGCACAGGAAAGGCGAUUAAUGAGGUUUCAAGGUAUUUCGAUGCGGCCAGAGGAGGGCAUCCUGACAUGAGGCAGAAUCUGAUACUGAUUACAAACGGCUUGGCACAAGACGAGGUCAAAGAACCUGCCUUGGCUCUGAGGAAUAAGGGAGUGGUGGUCUACACCAUCGGAGUGGUGGACGCCAACACCAACCAACUGCUGGAGAUCAGCGGCUCAGCAAAAAGGACGUACACUGAGUGGGAUUUUGAUGCUCUGAAGGACUUGGAGAACGAGUUGGCCUUGGAGCUCUGUACAAACACAGACUGUAAGAAGACAGAAAAAGCUGACAUUAUUUUCCUGGUGGACGGCUCCAAGAGCAUAACCCUAGAGAAGUUCAGAAGCAUGCAGAAGUUCAUGUCGUCCAUGGUGAACCAAACCAUCGUCGGCAAGGAUCUGACGCGCUUCGGGGUCAUCCUCUACUCCACCGCCCACAAAUCCGUGUUCACUCUGAAACAGUAUAGCUCCAAACGAGAGGUCCUCAAAGCAAUUCAAGAGCUGAAGCGCCCGUCCGGAGACACCUACACCGGCAAGGCUUUGAAGUACUCUUUACCGUUCUUCAACAAAGACAAUGGCGGCCGGGCGGACCUCAACGUGCCUCAGAUCCUCAUGGUGAUCACGGACGGGGAUGCCACAGAUCUCUACAGUCUGGUAGAGCCGUCUGUGGCUCUGCGGGAAAACAGGAUCAGCGUCUUCAGUAUCGGAGUUGAAGGAGCCAACAAGACACAGCUGGAGAUCAUGGCCGGGAACGACUCCUCCAAAGUUUUCUACGUGGAUAGCUUCAAGGCCCUGGAGAGUCUGUACAAGAACAUUUCUCAAGUCCUCUGUGACACCACCAAGCAAGUUUGUGAGAAACAGCAGGCCGACCUGGUCUUCCUGCUCGAUCAGUCCGGCAGCAUCAAACAGGAGGACUACACCAUCAUGAAGAAGUUCACCUCAGAUCUAGUGAGCAGCUUCAAAGUGAGUGAGAAUCUAGUGCGUGUCGGGCUCGCCCAGUUCAACAGCGAGUUCCAGGACGAAUUUGACCUCAACAAGUUCUACAGCCAGGAUGUCGUGAACAAGAACAUCUUGAGCAUGACGCAGAGGGGUGGAGGCACUAAUAUCGGACAGGCCCUGGACUCCAUCAGGGGUUAUUUCGAGGCGUCACGUGGCAGCCGAAGAUCUGCCGGGAUCUCCCAGAAUCUGGUGCUGAUCACAGACGGGGAAUCUGAUGACGACGUUGAGGAUGCCGCCGAUCAUCUCCGGGCUCUGUCCAUCGAGGUGUUCGCUAUCAGCAUUGGAAACGUCCACGAUCUGGAGCUCCUGCAGAUCACGGGAGCAGCAAAGAGGCUGUUCACCGUGAACAACUUCGGCAGCUUGGAUAAGAUCAAGCAAUCGGUGGUCGAGACAAUCUGCAAAUCCAAACUUUACAAAGCAGGUGAGUAG